GUGCAGACUGUUUGUGGUCAUGACGCUCUAGAGGCCAACCGUCGAUUCCCAUGCCGCACCUUUUUCGGUUUCCCUACUGAUUACCCCAAGUACCUGCUUAUUGCCAGUAACAGGUGUUUGAGCAAUAUGAUAGUCUCCUCGAGUGACAUGGAGCAGUUGUAUGAGGACAUGACACGUAUAAUAGAGGCUCGUCACGCGAUGAUGGUUGUAGUGUAA